AUGGCUGGACGUGGUAGAGGAAAAAGUAAACCUUCUGUAUCAGAACAGUUAGGCUUUGCUAAAGGAGAAGCGUUGCCUCCGCCUGUCUUACAGCCUCCAUUAAAAUAUCCCCUUUUGGAGUAUAAACCAUUGCCCUUGAAUAUUACUACAGAAUUGAGUUAUUUGUUUGAAUUAAAGAAAGGAUAUGCAGAAUAUAUGAGAGAAUCUCCUAACAAUGUCUUGCCUCUUGUAAUUAAAAAAGAUAUUGAGAGGUAUUCAGAUCGGUACCAAGAUUUAAUUACUGAUAAAAGUAGUUAUGAAAUUAGAUACGAUUGGAGCAGAAUGCCUGUAGAAUUAAAGCCUCAAUUGCGAAAGCGUAAAGAACAAAUGUUGGAGGGUCCAAAGAAAAAGCAAAAGACUAUUGAUGUAGAAUCAAAAUUACAAGAAUUAGAAAAAAAGGAGAAUUCCCAACAAAGUGAUGUAGAAGAAGAAGAAAAAGAGGAGGAAGAAACAGAAGAGAAGGAUGAUGAACAUCUAGAGGAAGAAGAAGAAGAAUUAGAUGAAGAAAUGGAUGAGGGAACUGAUUAUGCGAAUAAUUAUUUCGAUAAUGGAGAAGAUUAUGAUGAUGAAGAUGACAAUUUAGACGAUGGGCCGAUUUAUUAA